UUAAUGCUGAAGGGAGGAGGGUCGGUAGAAUUCGCUUCGUUGUCGUCUAAAUUUUAUGUGAUUAGUGUCGAACUUGAUUUAAAUGGAUUGGAUUAAGUGAUACUUGUGGUGUUUAAACCGUUUACUUUAUGCUUCAAGAAUAUUGUUCGCGGCGCUGCUGAUUACAUUCCGACCGCUCCCAGUGCGUAAAGUCAAUCGCAGUAUCGAAAGUGUCGCAUGAUGUUAUUAUUUCUUGAUACAUUAACGAGCAAUUAGGCAAUCGAGUGGGAAGUUUAGACAUGAUAAAAGCACAAAAGCAGCAAUGGACGGCGUGAAGAAAUUACACUCGGGGACGCUGUAUCGCAACGGUCCGGUAGAGGGUGCGUAUGGUUCGCAGCACAGCCCCGUGUCCCGCUCGGACGCCUCCACCGAGGACGCGGAGCUGUCGGCCGCACUUGCGCACCAACAUCAUCUCGCCAUGCAGGCUGGAGAGUACCAAGUGUCGGGCGUGGAGCCAGACUACGGCCAGUACGUGUCCUCGCCGGCGGCACACUACAACCACAUGGGACAUCUCACUAUGGCGCCCUCUCAGAAAUAUCCGCAUGUGAUGGAUUCAGUGUCUGUGUCUGGGGGCGUGUACGGCACGGGUUCCGGCGCACACUACGGCACAUAUGCGCACUAUGGCGCCGCCUACCCCGCACAGCCCGCGUACCUCGUGGAGCCGGGGACACAAGUGCCCGCCUACAUGGCUCAGGAGUACGUAGAGGGUGGUGGAAGUGCAUCACCACGUAGUGCUUCACCAGGUGCUUUGCCGCCGCAGCAUAACUUGCACCUACAGCAGAGGUACGACUCUGCGUCACUGGAGCAGCUGGGACGUCACUACUGUGUGACGUCACCGCGGGGCGAGUACGCGGGUGAUGCGUACGGCUACCAGCACUACCCCGCCACUUACGAGCCCCCCCACCACCAGCAGGGACAGUUCAAAGACUCUCAGAAUGGAUUGAGCCUCGGCAGUACAGGUGGUCAGUCAAUGUAUGGAGAUGAAGACGAAUUGCAGAAGCAAAUGGCAGGAAUGGCAUUAGUACACCCAGGUGUGGGGGGGCGCGAGGAUGGUGGUGGGUUGCAGUGGCGAGACCCCAACCUGCCGGAGGUCAUCGGCUUCCUCAACUCACCCUCGGAUGUGGUGAAGGCCAAUGCUGCGGCUUAUCUGCAGCAUCUCACAUACAUGGACGAUCCUAAUAAACAGAAGACUAGGAGCUUGGGUGGUAUACCUCCCCUAGUGAGGCUGGUAUCUCACGAGAGUGCGGAAGUGUGUCGCAAUGCGUGCGGUGCACUUCGCAACUUGUCCUACGGCAGACAGAACGAUGAGAACAAGCGUGCCAUCAGAGACGCUGGUGGCAUACCCGCACUUAUGGCACUGCUCUGUCGCACUAAUGAUAUGGAGGUGAAGGAACUAGUGACGGGUGUGAUCUGGAACAUGUCGUCGUGUGAGGACCUGAAGCAGUCCAUCAUCGAUGAUGCGGCGCAGGUGAUCGUCAACAAGGUGAUCAUUCCGCAGUCGGGCUGGCACCCCACCAACCCUGGAGACACAUAUUGGUCCACUGUGUUCCGUAAUGCGAGCGGAGUGUUACGUAACGCGUCCUCCGCGGGAGAGUACGCGCGUCGGCGACUGCGAGCUCUGCCCGGGCUGGCGGAGGCUCUGCUGCACACUGUGCGCGUCUCAUUGCGUGCAAACUCCAUCGGCACUAAGGUCGUCGAGAACUGCGUCUGUGUACUCCGCAAUCUCUCCUACAGGUGUCAAGAAAUCGAAGAUCCAUUGUAUGACACGCGGGCGCCGCCGACACAGUCUUCGGGGCAAGCCAGGAUACAAGCUAGUGCAUCAAAAGGCGAGAAUCUAGGUUGCUUCGGCGGCAGUAAAAAGAAGAAGGAAGGAUCUUCUUCCUCCAAUUCCACCAGCCCUCUCGGAAAGAGCGAUCCCGACUCCCAGCCCUUGGGGGAGACAGGUUCCAACACACAGCUGGGGUACAGCGUGCCCAAAGGGACAGAGAUGUUGUGGUCACCUGAAGUGGUGCCGCUGUACAUGGCGCUGCUGCAGUCAUGCUCCAACCCGGAGACGUUGGAGGCUGCGGCGGGAGCGCUGCAGAACCUCGCCGCAUGCUAUUGGCAGCCCUCCAUCGAUAUACGAGCCGCCGUGCGCAAGGAAAAAGGUUUACCAAUCCUAGUGGAACUGCUGCGUAUGGAGGUGGACCGUGUUGUGUGCGCGGUGGCGACGGCGCUGCGCAACCUGGCCAUAGACCAGCGCAACAAGGAGCUCAUCGGAAAGUACGCGAUGCGAGACCUGGUGCAGAAGCUGCCCAGCGGUAACCAGCAGCACGAUCAGGGCACGUCUGAUGAUACGAUAGCGGCGGUGUUGGCGACACUGAACGAGGUGAUCAAGAAGAGUGGUGAGUUCUCUCGCUCGCUGCUGGAGGCUGGCGGUGUGGAGCGUCUGCUGGCACUCACCAAGCAGCGUCACCGGCACACACCCAGAGUACUCAAGUUUGCAGGUCAGGUGCUGAUGACUAUGUGGUCGCACGCGGAGCUGCGUGAGGUGUACCGCAAGCAUGGCUGGCGCGAGGCAGACUUCCUCACUCCAGCGCGCGCCGCACAGCCUCGGCAGACCAACAACAGCGGUCAAGGUACGCCGGCGGGGUCGGCGGGCGCGCCGCACUCGCCCAGCAAUGCCAACAGCACACUGAGCCGGCCCAUGGCCUCUACUGGCGGUACUCGCUACGAGGACCGCACUAUACGCAGGCAUAGAGAGAACGAUGACAUGCCAACAAUGGACGUGAACAACUACCAGGACGGUCUGGGCAUGGGCAACCCCAACGGACGGCCCAUGAACCUGCAGGGUGUGCAGGCGCAGAUGCCGAUGCCGCCCAGCAGCCGCUAGCCUGCUCCUCCGCUCCACCACCUGGUGAGCCUCCACACCUUCACAUCCUGGGAGCAACUCUCUUAUCUACUACUGAUGGGCAAAAUUACAAUACUUUAUGACACAUUAGAAUUAAUUUUCUUAA